AUGGCGGCAAAUGAGGCCCGAGCCUCAUCUGUUGCAUCCAACACAGACAGCCUCAUCAGCGCCUCCGGCUACAAGUUUGGUAAAGCCAGCAAGAAGGCGCCCAAAGUCAAAUUAAAGAAGUUGCCUCUCCAGGCCAAAGCCCAAGUAAAUGGCGUUAAGAAUGCUGCAGAGGCGCCCUCGCCAGAAGUACCCAGAUUCGAUGACGAGACCAUGGCAAAUUUCCCCAACGGCCACCUCGAAAGCCUCGAUACCGUCAUCUGCAAGCAUUGUAAGAAGAUGGUUCUGAAGCGCACUGCCAAAGGGCACAUCUCCUUGUGUUUGAAAUCGAAACAGGACAAAGCGCGCAAGAAAAAGGAGGCACGCGAGGCUGCAGCGCGCGCGAAGGAACGGGCAGAGAAAGCAGAGGAUGACGAUGACGACGACGAUGAUGUGAAAGCGCCUGCCAGAAAAGACGCCGCCAACGGCGAGGAUGACGGCUCCAAAAAGACCAAGAAACGAAAGGCCGACGCCGACGAUGACAAAGAGCCCAAAAAGAAGAAGAGAAAGGAGGAACCGAAACCGAAAGUGGUGAAACCCAAGGGUCCAGUCGACGUCGAGAAGCAAUGCGGUGUUCUUCUGCCAAACGGUGGACAGUGCGCACGGAGUCUAACAUGCAAGAGCCACUCUAUGGGAGCAAAGCGGGCUGUCCCCGGGAGGAGUCUACCCUACGACAUGUUGCUUGCUGCAUACCAGAAAAAGAAUCAGGCACGCCAGCAGAAGGCCGCGCUGGAUGCAAAUGCCCCCGCUCUCCUCGAAGAAGACCUCGACCCCAGUUUGACUGGUCCCGUCGAUUCCGAUGAAGAGCGAGACUCGGUGAUGACAGCCAUCGCCAGAAGUCUUACUCGACCCCAGCCGCUCGUCAGCAGACCAUUAUUCCCAACACGGCGGAAAUACCAGCUCGUCCGGAUGAAGGAAAUGCUAUCAAACGCCAUGAGCGGUAACCGAUCUGGCGGCUUGUUCAGUGUGCCUCCCGAGAGUGCCAGAAGCGCUGUUCCCCAAUCCGCCAUCCAUGAAACUUUUACCACGGCAAUAUCGGCGUCACCCGUAACGACAGGUAUUGGGAUGGCCCAACCUGGGUUGAAAGCGCCUCUCCGAAAGACCUCGAUUGAUGUGGCGUAG